GCCUGGUGCUCUGCCUCUUCCCCCCCACCCCACGCACAAGGCUGCUAUAUCCAGUCUGGCUUCAGCGGCAGCCUGAAAACACACAGAGGUUGUCUGUGGAGGAGGAAAGAGAGAAGUCGAAAGAGCAUCUCGUUUGGUAGCUGCAGUAGCAGCCGCCGCAGCUACAACCACCGGUUUUCCCGGGGGAAACUCCAGAGUUGGAGGGGGCUGUUCUUCAAGAGGAGACAGAGGCCAGGAAAAGGCCAUGACUGAGCUGCAGCCGUUGGGGAAAACCUUCCCAAGGGGAUCUCUUCUUUUCUUCUGCCUGCUGGGCCUGGCCUGCUUCUGGCUGCCCGCCAGCUGCCGGCGAGCCCCGAGACCACCUCCCUGCCCCCCCAGCUGUUCUUGCACGAGAGACACUGCCUUCUGUGUGGACUCAAAGAGCAUACCCAAGAAUCUGCCCCGAGAUGUCAUUUCACUGACUCUGAUAAAUGCAGCUUUCAGCGAAAUCAAAGAAGGCGCUUUUGCUCACCUUCCAUUUCUGCAGUUCCUCCUGCUCAACUCCAAUAAAUUUACCACGAGCAUUGGAGACAAUCGCUUUCUUCCAUGGGACUUCCUCACACCACUGUUCAUAGAGAACAACGACAUCCGGUCUCUGUCAAAAAACACCUUCCGUGGACUUAAAUCCCUGACACACCUAUCUUUGGCCCACAACAACCUGCAGACGCUGCCCAGAGACCUCUUGAAGCCGUUGGACAUCUUAAGUGAUCUAGAUCUCCGAGGCAAUGCCUUGACUUGCGAUUGCAAAACCAAGUGGUUGGUGGAGUGGAUGGAAAGCUCCAACACCACCGUACCUGCCAUCUUCUGUGGCAGCCCCCCUCAGUACCAAGGGCACAAGGUCCGAGACCUUCCACUCAAGGAUUUUGAUUGCAUCACUACAGAUUUUAUGGUGUACCAGGUCCUGCCUUUCCAAUCAGUGUCUGCUGAGCCCUUUGUCUAUGCUAGUGAUCUCUACGUGGCUUUGGCCCAGCCAAGCUCCAGCAGUUGUACCAUCCUCAAGUGGGACUAUGUUGAGCGCAAGCUGCGUGACUUUGACCGCAUCCCAGCUCACUCAGCUGUCUACUGCAAGCCGAUAGUGGCUGAGUUGCAGCUGUAUGUUGUGGUAGCCCAGCUCUUUGGUGGCUCCUAUAUCUACCGCUGGGACACUAACAUCGACAAGUUCAUCAAGAUCCAAGACAUCGAUAGCCAGAAGAUCCGGAAGCCCAAUGACAUUGAAGCCUUCCAGAUUGAGGGUGAAUGGUUCUUUGUCAUUGCUGAUAGCUCCAAAGCUGGCUCCACCAGCCUCUACCGCUGGAACCAGAAUGGUUUCUAUCCCCACCAGGACCUGCAUUCUUGGCACCGAGAUACUGACGUAGAAUAUGUGGAGAUAGACGGCAAGCCCCGCCUCAUCAUCUCCAGCAGCUCCCAGGUGCCCAUUAUCUACCAAUGGAACCGCUCGCAGAAGCAGUUUGUCCACCUGGGCGAUGUGGCAGAUGUGAUGGACAUACAGAUGGUCAAGCAUUUCCGGAUCAAGAGGGACAACUAUUUGUGCCUGAGCCGCUACAUUGGUGACUCCAAAGUGGUCAAAUGGGAGGGGAUGCAAUUCACAGAGCUGCAGACCUUGCCCUCCCGAGGUUCCAUGGUCAUGGAGCCUUUUCGUAUCGCUCAGCAUCAGUACUUGGCACUGGGCAGUGACUUCUCUUUUACCCAUAUCUACCUCUGGGACGAAAAGAAGCAGAAGUUUGUCAAGUUCCAGGAACUCUCUGUCCAAGCUCCACGAGCAUUCCACCCGAUUCCCUUGGAAGGCAUGGAUAUUCUGCUAGCACCCAGUUUCAAAGGAAACACAUUGGUCUACAAACAUAUUGUGGUGGACCUCAGCUUGUAGGAUGGGUAGACAACUGUCUUUCCCUAUAAACACACACACACUUAUACACACAAAGACAUGCCACGUGAGGUGCCCUUCAGCUGAAAGGCAUCAGAGCACUAUAAUCACACAGAGCAAAGUUGCUUCCUCACAGUCCCUUGAAUACCCUCCCUUGUAUACGCUUCUCUCUUUGGUGUGAGUGAAUCGAUGCCCUUUGUGAUGCACAGGCUUCAACACAGUAUGAAAGGGAACCAACACACACAAACACACACUCUCUUCUCUACUGACUUGAAUGCAUAUGCAACAACACACUUGCAGAUUGCAGAUUUUAUAACUCUACGUCCAUGCCUCCUCCACCUCACAAAUCAUAAAGGUAGCUGGGACAAAAUUUUGCAUUAAUACAAGUUCUAGAAAAUUUUUAAAAUUGGAAAUUCAGAUUUUAAGAUGCAGAUUUUAAAUAGGAGAUUUUACACGACUUUUCCCCUCUCCAAAUUUCUUUCAGAGUCAGUGAGAGCAUCGAAGAGUCUCUUACCACACACAAAUGUGCUAUACCUCAUUAGGAAGAAAGUCCAAAAUAUGAGUCAUGACCUUCCAUGAACUAUUUGGAAUCUGAUAAUGAGAAUCUGAUAUUUGAACAAGGGCUUUUAUUUAUUUUUUUCUUGAUUGAAACUCCAGUCUUGGUGCCACGUUUUGGGCACUGGAACACUAUGCACACUCAAUUGCACACCAAAAUCUCAUUACAAUAUUUAGCAUUCAUGUACUUCCCUUACGCAGUGAUUCAUUGAGUGUGCAUGUGAUGAAAGGCUGGGUGGCAAUUGAAUGGGGACACAACAUUUCUGGAUGUAAUUCACUGACCAGGAUCCUAACAGGUUCUGCUUGUGUAUGGAAAUUUUUCUGCGCAUUUCUAUGUCAUCAUGACGAAUUAAUCCUUUCAGUGCCAAAUUUUACAUUAGAAGAAACCAUCUAACCUCCCACUUGUUUUUAUUCAAAUUAAAACCUCUUCCGGGACCUAAACCAGUCUAUAAUGUGCAUGGAAAAUCUACAUCGGCUAAAAUUUAUGUUCAGUUUCUCUUCCACUUAACAACACAAAGAUGUAUACCAAAUAGCAUAACAGAGAUGCUCCGAUGCUCAUGUUACAGUCAGCUGGGGAAGUCACGCAAACCAGUUAUCUACAUACACUUUGCUCAAUAGGUCUGUACUACAGCAGGUGCCACGAGGGAGGGGACUACUUUUGUAUGACUCAUCAAGAAUAAUAAAAUCCACGCGUGCAGAAAAUGAGCUUAUCGGGGAAAUGUUUAGGCUGGAGUUAAUCUCCCUGAAUCUGGUUUUCUCUGCGUAGGAAGUUUUGUUCUGUUUUUAAGGGGGAACGUUGUUUUUAAGUUGGGGGAACACCUGCAGCCUGAAGUGAGGUAGCCCAGGAACAGGUUUAACAUGUGAUGUUGUGUAGACUGGCUGUUAGGACACAUCGACAUAGUUCUAAUUUAAAUGUUUUAAAAUGUCUGCAAACCAAACUACACAUUAUAUGCAAAUUUAUGUAA